CGUGCGGCUGAAACGGGAUUCGCCAGAACCCUUCCGGUCAGCGGACCGAGAAGUUCCGGUCAGCAGCGGGCGGGAGGCCGGGCCAUGGCCCUGCGCGGCCCCGAGCAGCGGCCCCGCGGCGGGUCGCCGAUGAUCUGGAGCGUGCGGGCGGCGGCGCGGGAGCAGGCGGGAGCGCGCGCGCCGGGAGCGAGCGCCUGCGGCGCGGUCGCGGUGGAGAACGUGCUGCGGGCCCUGGGCCUGGGCGCCUCGGCUGACGCGGUGGAGCGGGCCGUGCGGACCCGGCUGAGGGAGCUGCACGCCCCGCUGCCCCGCUACUUGAUGUCCCGGAGUGUGGCAGGUGCGACCCACGAGCAGCUGCUGGAGGGAGCAGAUGGGGCCAGCGAGGGCAGGGUCACUGGCAGGUUCUUCAGCUUCUACCCAGAGCGGGCAGUGGAUCUGACGUCCUGGCUGGCUGGCUGGAUCAGGAAGGGGGCUGUUCCUGUAGCCACCAUGAACAUGCAAGUGGCAGUGCCAGAGGGGGAAGAGAUCCCAGAUGCCUGGCACCAUCAGAUGAUCUUCGGAGUGGGUGCAGAGGGGAUUUACAUGACCAAUCCCCUAGAGCUCGUGAGCAGUCACAUUGUGAAGCAGCACCUGUGCAGUGCCUCGCUGCUCCUGAUCCGGCAGCAGGAUGUCCUUGCUCGUCUUCCAAGUGAUGCUGAGCAGUCGGUGCUCACAGAGCUCAGGGACCAUCUGCCAUGGAGACAACUGGAUGUUGCAGGUCAGGUGGCUCGGAUCAUCGCUGGGAACACCGACGGUUUGGGCUCGCCUCACCUGGUCAUCCCAGCCGCCUACAAGUCGGGGAUCACGCUGUUCGUUCUGAGACACUCAGAAGUGGCCAGUGAGCUGUUUUCAGCCGCAGAGUUGCCUUUAUCAGCGGAUGGCGAUAAUCAGAGCCUGAACAACAGGGAGAACAGAGGCCUGGACUCUGGGGGCAACUGAGUGCAGAGAUGUGCCAGAGCCUUUAGGCUGCAGACCCCUUGGGCCAGUCCAGGAGGAGUGUCAUUGACUGGCACAGCACAGGACCCGGCCCUGUCACCACCAUGCCCAUGCCAACUAUCGAAUACCCAUCUACUUUCAUCUCACUCUCCAGCACUUGCCCCAUGGCCUUCGUGAUUGGAACCCACGCGGUCACAGGGCGAACAUGCAAACACCACGCAGACAGCAGCCAUGCUCAGGAUUGAAGCUGGGUCACUGGAGCUGUGUGGCAGCGGAACUACCUGCUGCAUCAUCCAGCUGCCUGUGCCUGCUGAGUGAUGUAUUUCUGUGACUUGACCUGCUAAUUCCAAACGUUUAGUUGAAAACUGUGAGUAGUACAAAGGUAAGAAUCAGGAAUGUGCAGGAUCCUGGGUGACUUGAAACUGUAAGUUUUCUUUCAAAAUCAGUUUACAAAUCCAGACAGUUUGAAAAUAAGAUUUGUAGAGUUGU